CUGGUUUUGCAUUUUACAAUUAAAGACUGUUCAUUAUUGCGAAAACAAGAAACGAACAAGGUUCAACAAAUUCGUUCUCUGGAUUCAAACUCAUUAGAAAAACGUAACAUCUCAAUUCUCAGCAACUCAUUCCAAACACUGUAUAUUUUCAUUAUUUAAACAGAGAUCCAUUUCAAUUUAAAUUAUCACUUUCAAACCCUUUUGUUUCAUUCUUCACAUUCAUUCAUAAAUUUUGAUUCUUUGCUAUAAAGUUUCGAUAUUUGAUGAAUUUAAGAACUGGGUUUUGAAAUUGAACCGAUCUUCUUGAUGGGUUUUUGAACAAAUCUCAAAAAACAGAGUUUUCCAAUGCCGGAAAACGAUCAACACCGUCUUCUAGUUUCAUCAGAAGAUGCAGAACGAGAUGUUGAAGCUCAUGGAUCCGAAAUCAUUCCCACCGUCAAUGGCGGCGGUGGUGGUGGAAGUAGUGGUAGUGGUAAAGGGUUCAGAGAUUUGUUGAAAUUAUCAGGUCAUCAUCGCCAUAGUUUUAAGCGGUUAGAUAGAGAAAGAGAUCAUGAUGAUGAUGAUGAUAGUAAUAUUAAUAGUAAUCCUCGUGAUUCUCACUCUGAUUUUGAUAUUCAUUCUUUUGAUUCUUCUGGUGAUGAGCUUGCUGAUAGUGCACCUCCUGAAUGGGCUUUGUUGCUUAUUGGUUGUCUCCUUGGUCUUGCCACUGGUCUCCUUGUUGCUGCUUUCAAUAAAGGGGUGCAUGUAAUACAUGAAUGGGUAUGGGCUGGUACUCCGAAUGAGGGUGCUGCUUGGCUUCGUUUGCAGAGAUUGGCCGAUACGUGGCAUCGAAUCCUUUUGAUACCAGUCACCGGAGGAGUAAUGGUUGGCAUGAUGUGUGGUUUACUUGAAAUAUUGGACCAAAUAAAGCAGGCAAGUUAUUCCCCUCAAAGACAAGGUUUUGACUUGCUUGCAGGAAUCUAUCCAACAGUAAAGGCUAUUCAGGCUGCAGUCACUUUAGGUACUGGCUGUUCAUUGGGUCCUGAAGGUCCCAGUGUUGAUAUUGGAAAGUCUUGUGCCAAUGGAUUCUCAUUAAUGAUGGAAAACAACAGAGAAAGAAAAAUAGCACUUGUUGCAGCUGGUGCAGCAGCUGGAAUUUCUUCAGGGUUCAAUGCAGCAGUUGCUGGUUGUUUCUUCGCUAUUGAAACUGUGCUGAGGCCACUCCGUGCAGAAAAUUCUCCUCCAUUUACAACUGCCAUGAUUAUACUGGCUUCUGUUAUUUCGUCAACUGUAUCAAAUGUCUUACAGGGAACCCAAUCAGCUUUUACAGUGCCCGAGUACGAGUUGAAAUCUGCUGCUGAGCUACCUUUAUACCUGAUAUUGGGAAUGCUAUGUGGUUGUGUAAGCGUGGCAAUGACUCGUUUGGUUGCUUGGUUCACCAAAUUUUUCGAGGUUAUCCAGGAGAAAUUUGGCCUUCCUACUGUAGUCUGCCCUGCCAUAGGUGGUUUAGGAGCUGGAAUCAUUGCCCUUAAAUAUCCCGGAAUAUUAUACUGGGGUUUUACAAAUGUGGAAGAAAUGAUUGGUGCUGCAGUUGGUGCUGUGUUUGGAGGAUUUGCUGCAGAAGUUAUCAAUUCAGCAAUUCCUGGAAAUGCCGCUGUUGCUCAACCCCAGGCUUAUGCUCUGGUUGGAAUGGCUGCUACACUAGCAUCUGUUUGUUCUGUUCCUUUGACUUCAGUUCUACUUCUGUUUGAGCUUACAAAAGAUUAUAGGAUACUGCUUCCUCUCAUGGGGGCUGUUGGAUUGGCAAUUUGGGUUCCCUCGGUGACAAAUCAGGCGAAGGAGAGUGAUGCACCUGAUAAAAGAAAAGUGUCAAGAGGAUAUUCUUCAAUUUCGCAUACCGAAGAUAAUGAUGAUGGCCAUGGUUUGGAACUCUGUAUUGUUGGAGAUGGUUCCGAGCUUGAAGAAAUCGAUGAAGAUCUGUUUCUGGACAGUCUUAAGGUUUCUCAGGCUAUGUCAAAAUACUAUCUGAAAGUUCCAUCAUCUGUAACCCUAAAAGAUGCAAUCAAAGUCAUGCAUGACAGCCAGCAAAGCUGUGUGCUCGUGGUUGAUGAAGAUGAUUUUCUGGAAGGAAUAUUGACAUAUGGUGACAUUAGAAAGUGUCGAUCCGAGAAGUCUAAUAAUGAAACUUCUAUGAGCGACUCAGAUGUUGUGGAUGUGAACACAUUGCUUGUUUCCUCUGUUUGUACUCGAGGAAUGAGCUAUCGUGGACGAGCACGUGGACUUUUAACUUGUUAUCCAAAUACUACUUUGGCUAUGGCUAGAGAAUUAAUGGAGGCCAAGGGCAUUAAGCAAUUACCUGUAGUUAAUCGCAGUAGAGAUCACAAUAGAGAGAGGAAGAAGAGAAUUGUUGGUCUUCUUCAAUAUGACGAACUGUGGCACUGUCUCAGGAAAGAGAUUAACCACAGGAAGUUAGCUUAUCAAAGUAGGACAGAUAACAAUUUGACAAAUGGUCAUUAACUCCUGGUUCAAGCUUCUUGUUGCCCUUAUUACAAAAGAAGUAGUGAGUUUGUAGCAACAAAGCUUCUUUUGUUGCUUUUAAAUGUGAUACCAUAUAUCGCUUUGUGUAUAUUUUAAUGCCAUAAAAGUGGUUAUUUGAUAAGGAAGAAAAAUAUUUCCAACCCUGACACGUUAAGAAUCAAAGAUUCUUAAUCACAUCCUCAUAUUCUUCUGCAUAAUUUAGGGCAUUACAGAUUUGUAAAGUAAACUCCAUAAGAAGCAGAAUACUAGUACUGACCACAAUGGGAAAUAGAAACAGGGUUUGCACCUAAAAAUUGCAAUAUAUUAUAUAAGUAUUGGAUGGCUUAGAUGAUAAGAGUGUGCCUUUUGUACAACUGGACCGAACCUUUUAUGUUAAUUUUCGUGUUAAUAAUUUGCAUUUAUUUAAUUUGAAA